GGAUAGAAUUGGCCCACCCCCGUCCUGGGGAUCGUAAAAGGCGAUCAAUGGGCACUAAAGGCGACGAGUCCAACCGCCUCUAGUACAUACCUACCCAUUUUUGUUUUUCAACUCCCACACCCAUCUUCCCUACUUUCCUAUCCCUGUUUCCAGGUUCCUUUUAUCCACACAUCUCACAGCACAGAAAUACUUUAGUCUUUUUUAAAAAAAUGGGACUUCCAAAUACAAUCUGAACUGCAACUGUACCUAUACUUUGAUUACUUGUGAUAUUUUACAAAAAAAAGGCCAAUAUCCCAGCAGCUGACGCCUAUAAGGAGGAGUUUUAGUGGGUAAACUGGGUAUCUGGGAGAGCCCCACACUUAGUGCGUAAAUAAUAAUAAUAAUAAUAUUUUUUUAUUCCAUGGACCGUGGUAGGUAUAGGACAUGUCAAAUACACAUAUAAUUACUAACAGACAAAUAAUAUCACAGUUAAGCAUGUUCAAGGAACUCUUUGAUAUUGUAAAAACAGUGAUUAUUUAAGUAUAGAAGUAAUCUCUUAUUAAAGUUAUUUAGUUUAUUGCAGCAUUUAAUUUGUUCGGGUAAUUUGUUAAACAUUUUUACUCCCAGUACAAAGGGUGAGCUCAAGCCAAUGUUAUAUUUGGUGUGCGGAAUUCUGUAAAAGUCGUUGUCGCGGAGAUUAUGAUUAUGAAUGUCUUUGUUUUUAUUUAAUGUAUGUGAGUAUCUGAAAAUUAGUUUGCAUGUUUCUAAAAUGUAUAAGUUGGUUAGAGAUAAAAUGUUGAAUUGUUUGAAAAGAUUCCUGCAUGUAUGAAUUUUUGAAACAUUCGCAAUCGUCCUAAUAAUGCGUUUUUGUGCAACAAGAACUUCGUGAGAGUAAGUAGAUGUGCCCCACAAACAUAUCCCGUAUCGAAGGAUAGUGCCCACCAGAGCAUGGUAAAUGUUUAUUAAUUGCGCGAGCGUUAUAACAUUUUUUAAAUUUCUAAACAGAUAAUUUAAGGAGCUCAGCCUAGCAGCCAGCUUUUCACAGUGCUUUUUCCAAUUUAUAUUGUGGUCAAUAUGUAGUCCCAAAAAUUUGGUUUCGUGUACAUGCUGCACCUCUCCACCCUGUAUUUUUAAAGUCAAAAUAUUUGUUGGUUUUUGGAAGUUAUGAAAUCUAACAAAAUUAGUCUUCCCUCCAUUCAAUACCAGAGAAUUGUUGCUGAACCAGUUGUGUAGUUUGUCAAGGUUCUCGUUGCAUAAUUUUUCGAGUUGUGUCUCAUUCUUAUCUGAAAGCAAUAGGGAGGUAUAGGGAGAUCCAACUAAGCGCCACCCCUCUGAUGCCGUAGUGUUGCAGUUUAUUUAAAAGUGUGUCGAUAUUUACACAGUCAAAUGCCCUCGUGAGAUCACAGAAGAUACCCACUGGGCAUUCGCUUCUGUUAAUGUAAUCUAGCACUUUGUUGAAAAACAGGUACAAGAGGCAUCAAGUGUAGAGCUUUUUGGUUGAAACCCAAACUGGUGCGGUGAGAGCAGUUUGUACUUGUUAAUAAAACUUAUUGGAGUCGAUCAGGAAAACAGUAUUCAAAUAUCUUCGAAAAAACGGAGCUUAGUGCAAUGGGACGAUAGUUCUCUAUGUUGCUAGCAUCUCCCUUUUUAAAGACAGGAACAACAUUAUUAAUUUUUAAACUGUCGGGAAAUUCGCCCGUACUGAAGGAAAGGUUUAUAAGACUUGUUAGAGGCAUAACUAUAUCAGCUCACAUAUAUUUUAAAUGCAUCUCCCCUCCUAAGAAAAAAAAAUAAUGAUAAUAAUUAUGAUUUAUUAUUCAACAGAGGAAUUCAUUCAAUUACAGAACAAAUAGUAAAUUAAGUGAAUCUAACUAAUAUCAAAAAAAUAAAGAAAUAAUUAAGUGUCGUUGUUUGUAGGUCGCGUAUCACUAUCGCUUCAAAAAAAAUUAGUCCUCUACCAUUUAUGUUCUAUACAUUUUUCGUAUCUAUUUCGGUUUGUGCUGGUUUUGAAAUAAAUGUGGGCGAUUGUGAUUUUAGUAAGAAAACUCUAUAAGACUCCACUAGCGGAAGUGUGGUAGUCUGAACCAUCGGGUGCCCAGUUGUCGGACGAAAACACGUCGUGCCCGCGCAUGACGUCACUCUAGUUGCAUCUGUCACGUGAUCCCAUAAAGAUUCAAUGGUGAGCCUCGUUUGCGACGUAUAAUCUGCAUUGUGGUGCAUAUUAUAUUUAUCGUACGUACAGGAAUAUGUGUAGUUGAUAGCCCUGCAUUGCAAACACUCGAGUUUUUGCUUCUAUUAAUAGCGAAUACCUUUUAUUUCCGCUUUUCUUACACCGCGAGGAUACCGAAUAAACAUUUAAACGAUAAUGCCUGGUUGGGCGAGUGCAAAAUGUAAUAAUUAUUCACGAAAAACGAAGGGUUAAGAUGUUAAAUACUUCGGAAGUGAAUAUACGUAUGCGAAAAAAUUUGUAGACUAAACAAAAUUGGGGCAUCCGUAAUCAUACGAGGAGACGCUGUAGCCGAGUCAAAUAUGAACGUUCUUAGAAUAGAAGAAUAAGCUUUGUACAAAAUUACAUGCAAAAAUUAAAGAAAUAAGCUCAAAGCAAUGUGUUUAAUAUAAUUAAUCUGAUUAAUACGAUGUAGGUGAACUAGGAUAUUUACAGUACGCGGAAAUACUUUUAUUGCUUCGAUCAUUUAGAUAUACGUGAGUAUAUCAAAUUAUUAAAUAUAUUUUGAUUGAUUACAAGCCCUAGUGUGCUAUAUUUUCAAACUGUUUAAAAAAUAGAGGUACAUGAUCUUCGUUUUCCAUUCACGUACACGCGCUUGGCGCACCAUUUGAAUUGUAAUGUUUUUGUGCGAGCUUGCAUUUGUGUAUGUAAUAUUAUAUACUCAAAUAAACCUAAAUUUCGCCGACAGAUACACAAAUAAUAGUGCGUUUCCGUAACCUCUUCCCUAUGCAUUUAUAUACGCGCGCCGGAGUUUGUAACGUGACUGACGUCAUACGGCGUAGGGAAAGGGGACACGAUGCGCGUUGCGAUACGGUUUUUAUUAUACCAUGGUCUGAACCUACUUUUGCCGUCCUACGAUGGGCGACCACCCCAUUGGAGCAUUUAGUUUCACAGACCAUAGAAACAAGUGCUAUCUAUUCUUUGAGUCGUGUAUUGGUAACAGUGUUAAGUGUCAACCUCAUGCUUUGAAACUAACCUAAAAAAUUUUGUAACUUAGUAAACAUGAAAAACUUGGAAGUUUUUCAAGUAAAACGCUGUAAAUCGAAUUCAUCUGCCGAUAUUACUCAUGUGGCUUCGGAGGGCAACAUUACGUUUACUCUAAGUAAUUCGCACUUACACUUUUACAAUGGCGAAGAUCAUCACUGCUUUGCAAACACCUACGAAUGUAUCACCAAAUUUGAAAUUCUCAAAAUCGAACGGGUUUUGUGGUUUGGAACGGGAAAAGAGUUCAUAUGGGUCGACCUGUCUAAAAACUUGCACGUUAUCCAAGUCGAAUCCGAAUUUACCGCUGCCGAAUGGAAUCCAACGCAAGACGCAAUCACCAUCACACAUCCAAAUGGAGAAAUCGGUCUGUAUAUUGUUAAUCUGCAAGAAUUGUUGAUUUCUCCCAUUGGACUUUCACAUCUGAUCGAUGCUAAACCCAGCGUCGUUUUGAACGUUGGCUGGGGAUCUGAAGAAACGCAAUUUCGUGGCACGGCCGGAAAACGGGGGAAACUUUCGGAAGAAGUGCUUCCUGCAAAUUUUAACGACGAUUUCCGACCGAGAAUAUCAUGGAGAGGCAACGGCGAUAUGUACGCAGUGAACUACUGGCAUAAUUCUCAAAGACAAUUUAAAGUAUUCAAGUAUCCCUGUGAGCUUCUCUAUGAAUCAGCGAGCAUCGUCGGUCUACAGCCUAUUAUUGCGUGGAAACCGGAGGGAAAUCUAAUUGCGUGCGUAACAUGCACUACGACAACGCGCGAGGUUUCCUUGUUUGAGAAAAACUGCUUAAUUAAGAAUAAGAUAGAAUUGAGUGACCAGGUGGAGAUAAUCGACUUGAAAUGGAGCGCUUGUGGGCAAAUAUUAUCCAUAUAUCAAUCACUAGGAAAUGAAACAUUUUUAGAUUUGUAUACGAUCAAAAAUUAUGUGUGGUAUUUGAAGCAGCGACUCAACUUUGCGACUACAAAUUCUCUGAUUUCUUACCAUUUUAAGGAUUCAUUAUCUACCGUUAUCAUUCUACAGGUUGUGACUGUUAGGGAAACGGUUGAGUAUUCAUUUAAAUAUGUCGUUAGUAAAAGUGCAGGUGGUAGAAAGACUUGCGGUGUGAUCAACGGAAACUCUCUUUUGUUAACACAAUGCGAAAAGGGCAUGGCACCACCUCCAAUGUUUGAUGAGAAAAUUGUCGUAGACAAUCCCAUCAAUUUUGUUCAGUUUCAUCCAGAAUUGCAGAGGGUGGCGAUUGUCGAUUCGAAAAAUUACAUUCAAAUUUUUAGCUUGACAUCGCCACCUUCGCCUAUCGAAACGUGUCGAGCUUUAAACAAAGCCCAAUAUGAUGUACCGCUAUCAUAUCACCAUAUAAUUUGGUACUCCGAGUCGCAUUUGUUGUGUCUUAAGGAAACAAUGGACAGUACUAGUAAAGUGUUGGUUAAGGUUAGUGACGGGGCUUUGGUGCCUUGGAACGAUAGUCUUGAAGCAGCUAACGUUACAUACUUGAAUAGCAUAUACACUGACAGUCGAGUUGUGCAACAAUCUGACGGAUUCUUAAGCAUAAGCGACCAGGACAAUCAAUUGGAGGUGCUCGCACAGAUUCCCACAGUGCUUCAACUUUCAUCAUUUAAAAGCCAAAACGCCUUGUUUUUGUUUUCAUUAACGCAGACUCAGGAAUUUUACAUCAACGAAGUGCGGGUGUUAAUAGGCGUACUGUCUUUUAUCAUUCACGACUAUUACUUAUUGCUCACAACCACGGAAAACACGCUAAUAUGCGUGCGACUAAACGAUUUACGCAAAUCCGAAAUAAGCAAGUCGUUGGCGCGCGCCACCUAUCGUUCGAUGGAGCAAGGUGGCCACCUUUUACUAGGCGUUCCUAAUUCGUCUUCCGUCAUACUACAAAUGCCUCGCGGUAAUAUCGAAACCUGCACGGUUCGCGCCAUAUCCAUAGAUAGAUUGGAGAGCCUGCUCGAAAAGCAGGCGUGGAACGAAGCGUUAGAUUUGGUUCGAUUGGAGAGGCUAAACCCUACAAUCUUGGUCGACCUGAAUUUCAACCGAUUUAUUAGUAACAUCGACAAAUUUGUCGAAUCGAUCCGUACUCCUGCAGUUAUCAACGAUUUUUUAAUCGGAUUACAGGAGGAAAACGUUUUUGAUACGGUGUUUCAAGAUUACGCAUUCGCAGUAAGCCGGAAGGAGCAUGUCAAAGAAAAAAUUGUUAAGGUUUGUACUGCUCUAAUCGAUUACAUGGAAAAUGGCGAUUACACUCACUAUUUGCAUUGUAUAAUAAUCGCCUGCUUUAUGAAAAACUUGGAGUCGUCCAACUUUGAGGCCUUGACUCAUGUACGAAACUUGUUAUACUCGAUGAAGGAGAAUCCGGCACUAAUUAAGGUUGCUGAAAGUGCGUUCCAGGCCAUUAAUGUUUUGAAGCCGCAAAGCGAUAUGUAUCAUAAUGCUCUUGCAAUGUACGACUUGGAUUUGGCGUUAUUCGUUGCGCGUAAUCUACAAAUGGAUCCCAAAGAGUAUGAGCCAUUUAUCAGCCGUUUAAAAACGAUGGGUGAAGUCCAGCGCCGAUUUGAAAUAAACGAUUUUCUUAAGAAUUACGCAACUGCCGUCAAGUAUCUGAUUCGUUGCUCGGAAAGUGACGAAUACACUUUGAACUAUGUAAACAAACAUGAAGUUUUCAAUGUGGCGUAUAAUUACACAAAGCAUGGCAGUGGAUUACAUAAGGAAGUCGCAAUACUUUUCGCCGAACACUUACGGAGGCAGAAGCUACACGAAGAAUCUGCAUUUGUUCUUGCUAGUGUGCAAUGCUACGAAGAGGCGUUCAGCGAUUACAAGCAAGCGUUAAUUAUUCCCAAUGCGAUUUUAAUGCUACAGCAUAUGAAGCUGUCUCCAGAAGAACGCCAUCUACAAUUACUGAAUUUGGCGCAAACAUGCGUCGCGUCCGGUAAAAUACUAGAAGCAGCUCACAUUUUUGAAACACAGCUUUCCCAACACCACAAGGCCAUAGAUUUGUACAUCGCCCACAGUUACUUCGCCGAAGCGCAACGGUGCGCUAUAAAGUUUAACUGUUUCAAUGAAUAUAAGCAUAGUUUAUUUGAGGGCUCACUGGUAUACUGCGAAGAGCUGAAUUUAAAGUUGACAACUCUUAAGGAAACUUUUGCUAAGUAUGUGAAUCGCUUGUCAGCAAUUAAACUGGGUAAAGUGCAGAAAAUGACAGUUGCUGGCGAUCAUCUACCGUCUGGUAUCAAUGACGACAUUUUAUCGAUAGCAGACAGUUUAUCCACUAUUAGUGUCAAUACGUCUAGUUCAAGAGCGUCGACUGCCAGCCGUCGACGUCGUAAGGAAGAAAGAAAAAAGCAAGACCUUCGCGAAGGAGGCGUCUACGAGGACAUUGCCUUAAUGCGAGCGCUCUACGAAUUAAUAGUCGAAGUCUUUUCUAUGGGACCGAUGGUUCGACAGAUUUGCCUUAUGGCGGUUGAUAUCAACACAUCUGGCGCAGUCAAAUUUAUAAGUGCGCUACAUAAUGCACUGUUCGAAUUUCAGUUACAUAUUAAAAAGUGUCUCACCGAAAUAUGGCCACCACAUUUAAAUUCGGAGUUAGAAGGGCAAGAUUCUCGUAUUUACGAAAAUGUGAAACAAUUAGAUGUGAAAUACAGAGAACCACCUCCGAAUCUGGACACGAGUUGGAAAGUUACCUAUGUUAAGUAAUAACAAAUAAACACCAAACUGUCACGUCUGUGUUUUUUCAAGUAAUUUAACUGAACUGAUUUUUGUGAAACUGAUUGUGAUUUAUAAAUCACAAAAUCACCAGAAACGAAUACGCCUAUUAAAGAUUAUUAACAUCGCAGGUAUUUUAUAAACCAUUACUUAAUAUACUGUGUAAAUAUAGGUUACAUAUUCACAUAUAUACAAUGACGUCACAUAAAUAUUUCCAGAUAAAAAUUGUUCUGUGAUAUUAAUCCUAAUAAAUGAGAAUGAUUAGUAUGAAAAAUUUUCGUAAUCUUUUUUAGCAGAACAUCCAAACAUCACUGGUUACUGGUAAUUACAUAUUAAUUGUCACAUUUAAUAGGCACAGAUUUAAUGUAGAAGAGGCAGGAACUUUUUGGCAUAUACAUAAAAUUUUUAUCAAAAUCGGGUUUAGACUGUACAGGCUGCAAUUUAUAGGAAAAUGUCUUUCCAAUCUAGACCCUAAAGCACUACCUAUAAAAGAAAUAGUGUAAAAUAUGUAACAAACCAACUUCAGGUAAGGGUGUUAUAUACAGGGUGAACAUUUUGUCUGGAACACUAGAUAUAUCUUCAAAACAACAUUUACAAAAUGCCUACGACAUAUAUAUCACCCAAAAGAUAUAUUAUUGUAAUAAUAAUUAUACAUCGGUAUACUAUAUGAACAGUUCUUAUACCAUUGAUUUGGAGUUAAAGUUAUAUAUUCGUUUCUUCACACCAAAGUAGCUCUAUGAAGUUUGUUAUCUGGGAGACCUCUGAAUAUAAAAAAUAACAUAUCCAAAUCUCCAGGGUAUAUCAAAAAACCUUGAAAAGUGACAAAUUCCCUCUUAUCUGUUAUGGUUACUGGAAGAAAUACAAAUUGUCUCCCAGACAAACAUUUCGAACCCUUUUGUAGGAAAUGAUUCUUUUGACCUCCUUCACCACUGAAUUUUUUUAAUUAUAUUAUUAUAUAUUUCUUCCAGACAUCCCAAUCACGCUUUGAGAAUCAUAACCGAUCACAAUAAGGGGUCAAGUACGAGGACAUGGUUGGUAGAAAUUAAUUCCUUUCAUACAGACGUGUAAUUGGACGACCAUGAAGAAUGAACCCAGCCCAUCCCCCCAACCCCUUAUUUUGAUAAGGGGUAAGAAAGAAGGGCGGUAGUUAGACCUUUAAUUAGAAUACCAUGAAAGUAAGAUCAAUUUCUACAAUCCCAGUGUCACCCCUGUGAUGUUGUUGGAUGCUUGUUGCUUCUUAUUCACAAAUUUAAACUACCUCGUUUUCAUAUCAUAUUUUAAUCUCAGAUCUUUGUUAUUCAUCUCCAUGUCAAUCGUUUACAAUUCUCCUUUUUAUGUCACUAGAUCUGAUGCUAUGAAUCUCGCUAUGAAUAUUACAAUUCUCCCCUAGGACAUUUAAAAACUUUCUGAUUAGAUUGCACAACACAUUACAGCCUUAAGAAUAUUGAGCUGAUAUCUUGAAAACUAAAUUACAAUAACAAUUUGACAACUAAUACUAAAUUACUAUUCUACAUGAUACAAAACAGUGCAAAUCAAAUGUCACCAAAUACAAAACACAUUUGAAAAUGAAACUUAAUACAACACAAAGUCUUUCAAAUGAUUUGGCAUUUUAUUGCCUCUCCUGGGCCUCUCGAAAGUUGUGGUUGCCUCAAUUGUGUCUGUCACAGAUUGAACAAAUUGGGAAGUUGAUAUAUUAUUUCGAUCUUCUUGCUCAGGACUUUUGGAAGAUUCGGAGUUACUUGAUUCACCUAUUGCUUCAAUAUCGGAGUUUUCAAAUAAAUUUUCUAAUCCAUACGAUUGUACAGGUAAAUAAUUGUCGCUGAGGUGAUCUUCCGUUCGACUGUCUUCACUUUCCGGUGUUGGUGGAAAUGUUACAAAUGGCUGCAUUGGUGGUGGAUCAUUGACAAAUCUCCGACGAAUGAUGGUUUUUGUGGUUGGUAGGGUUUUGUUUUGAUAAUGUUCUGGAUUGUGUGUGUUGAAUGGUGUAGUUUGGUUUUGAGAAUGUUUUGAAUUGCUUAUUUGACUAUUUUUUUGAAUUUGUGGUUGCUGGUUUGAAGAGCAUCGAAAUUUCUUGAAGAAUGAUGAAUUUUAUUGUGAUAAUGAAGUUGUCUCUUUUAGCUUUUAUAGUUGUACCCAUAACUUGUAUAAUUUCCAUGGGCUUUGGAUCAUAAUAAGGUGUCAAGAUAUUUUUCUUCAUCUGUUUACAUAGCACUAGAUCGCCUAUUUGAAAAUCGUGGUGCUUGGUUUUCCUUUUGUUAUCUGCAUGCACUUUCUGUUUCAUUUUAUUAUUAAAAUCUGCUUGUUUAAUGUCUUGAUUCGAGUUUGAGUUUUGGAUAUGAGAUAAUGAAGGUAAAAAGUUAUUCAUUUUUCGUCCAAAAAUGAUUUCAUAGGGUGAUUUUUCUGUUGUAGAAUGAGGGGUGCUUCUGUAGUUAAUUAAAAAUUCAUGUAUUUUCGAAUUAAAGUUUCCACUUUCAAUAUGUGAACAUACUAGUGAUUUUUUCAAGGUCUUUACAAACCGCUCAGCCAUUCCAUUCGCUUCUGGCCAUGCUGGUGUAAUUCUAAUGUGUCUAAUACCAUGAUUUCGAAAAUAGUUUUCAAAAUCAUGUCCAUUGAAAGGUGGACCAUUGUCAGAUUUGAUGGAUUCUGGAAAUCCCCAGGUGGCUAAUGUUCUAUCCAUGAUGGGUUUUAUUGAUGCAAAUGAAGUUGAAUUUACCAGUUCUAUUAUGGGGUAUCGUGAGAAUUCGUCUACUAGGCUAUCAGAAUGUAUUUGUUUUGAUGGAAUGGUCCUGCAAAAUCGAUAUCUAUUCGCUGAAAUGGAUAGUCUGGAAGUAAACCAGAUAUUAUUGGGUCUCGGAAACUGCUCUUUGUUACUGCUUGGCAUGGUGUGCAGCAUCUGAUAUAUUUCUCAGUCAAUAUGUCUAGGAAACCAUACUUUUGUUCUUAAAAGUUGUUUGGUUUUGGUUAUUCCUAAGUGUCCUUUGUGAGCCAUUUCUAUUGCUGUUUGUUGUAGUGACACUGGUAGACAAUUCUGUGAUCUCUUAGUAUUAAUCCAUUGCUGUAGAUGAAUUCAUCUUUAAGUUUAGCAAACAAGGUCAGGUCUGGUAGUUUCCAAUAUUUUUGAUUCGUACUGGAAAUAGCGUUGAUUAAUGUUUGAAUUUUUUCGUCAUUUCUGGUGGCUUCCUGCACUUGUUGAAGUGUUAUAGCCUUUGGUAAUGAGCUAUUGAUACAAAAGUUAACGUAUUGUUCGAUUCUGUCGUGCUCCUGAUGUUUAUUACAGCUUGUUUGUUCCGGAUGUCUGGAUAAAUAAUCAGAUGGAUUGGAAAUGCCUUUUUGGUGUACAAUUUUGAAAUUAUAGGACUGAAUUCUGAGUAAGAGCCUUUCCACUCUCGCGUUUGGAGCGGUUCGAGUGUUCUCUAAAAUUUUGACAAGUGGUAGGUAAGUUAUCACAAUGUAGUAUAAACUCUGAACCAUAAAGGUAAUUGUGAAAAUGCUGGAUAGACCAAGUGCAAGCAAGGGCUUCUUUUUCAAAAUGACUAUACCUUCUUUGCACCCCUGAUAAUGUUGUGCUUGCAUAAGCAACGAUUUGUGUUUGACCCGUAGAACUCUCUUGUGCGAGUAUUGCUCCAAUUCCAGUCGGUCCUCCAUCAACAUAAAGAUGUGUUGUUUUCUUUAUAUCAAAAUAAGCUAAAUUCUUGGUGUGACUAAGUUCUUGCUUAAGCAUGUUCAUGGUGUUCUGUCCAGUUGAAAAUGGGGUAGUUAGCAAUUUUCCAAGUAUUUCUAGCUUAGUUGUGUGACCAUAAGGAAAAAUUUUACUGCUAUCUGGGUACAGUGGGCGUUUGGAAAAUUUUGUAGGUACGUUUGCUCAGAAAUUAAAUUUACUGAAGUUCCCGUGUCAAUGAUAAAUUUUAUUGGUUUAUUGUUAACUUUCAGAGUUACUUGUGGAAGAACGCUGCUUUUUGUUGUUAGGUUAAAGGAAUAUUCGGAAUCGCUGUUGUUAUCACCUUGCAUUGUAUGAUUAACUGAUGAUUUCUUGUUACAUUGUUGUUCAUUCAGUUGUUGAUGAGACCUAUAAGGUUGACGAUUGUUCGAAGUGCCUGCUUCCUCAAGUGCUUGUGUUCGGUUGUGAUUUUCAGGGCGGGUGUUGUUUAGUUUAGCCAGGCAUACGUGUGCAAAGUGACCUUUCUUGUUACAAAAAUGACAAUUUACUUUUAGAGCGGGACAGGUUUGUCUCCCUUUUACGUGCCAGUUGUUACCACAAUUCUUGCACAUAUUAAAACUGUUGUCAUUUAUUUGUGAUUUUAACCUAUUAACGUUGAUUUCCUUAUUUUCCAUUUCUGAAACUUGUUUUUCAGUUAAUUCAUAGACUUUAGCUUUUUUGUAAUGGCGGAUUAUCAGUCAAGGCAUAUCGUCGUAAUUUGGACAAGGUUGUGCCCUGAAUGAUCUGCGAUUUUAUUUCUUUAUCUUUAUCUACAAAGCCACAAUUUAAGCUAAGUUUAAAAAGCCUAGCGUAGAAUUCAUCAGUCGUUUCUAACUUAUCUUGUUUGGACUGCCUAAAGUUAUAUAUUUCAAACUCGCAAUUGAUUUGUGGGGAAAAAUGCUUGUUUAAUUUUUGUUUGACAACGUCAUACUUCAGAAUUUCAAGAGGUGUGUUGGUAAUGGAGUCAACUUGGGGUGUGGGUUCAGGUAAAGAAGAAAAAAUGUCAAAUACCUCUUCUCCCACGCAGUGAAGUAGCAUUGCUUCUUUCCUGUCGUCGUUUGAUAUCCCGGCUGCGAUUAGAAAAUUGUCAAAUCGCUUCAUCCAUUUUUGCCAUCUAACGCCUACGUUUGCUGUGUGGACAUCGAACGCCUCGAUUAUUCCUAGGUGGUGUUCCAUUUCGUGGUUCGCUUCUUUGUCACCAAAAUGUGAUGUUGUUGGAUGCUUGUUGCUUCUUAUUCACAAAUUUAAACUACCUCGUUUUCAUAUCAUAUUUUAAUCUCGGAUCUUUGUUAUUCAUCUCCAUGUCAACCGUUUACAAUUCUCCUUUUUAUGUCACUAGAUCUGAUCUAAAGUUAUACUAUGAAUAUUACAACCCCCACUGAUCUUGAAAAAGGGAAUAAGAGAAGAAUUAUUUCCUGAGAUGCCGUUUUUGAAAAUAAAACGUGCAUAAAAUUGAUUUCAGAUUUUGCAUACGCAUGCUGUUGGU